AUGGUCCGACUGCCGAAGCGAAUGGGUUUCGAGCAGAUGAUUGGUGAAUCGAAGGAUAUGGCGCUACGAAGAUUGAUGCAGCUUGAACGGCGACUGGGAAAGGACGAAGAUUUGCGAAGUCGCUACAACGAAGCAAUGCAGAUGUAUUUGGACCAACAACACAUAUUCGACGGUUCUGCCAAGACGACCUCCAACCGUUCUCUGAAUGACGGACUUAUGACGGGACCGGUGAUUCAAGAUCCUCUUUUCGAUUUAGUUUUGCGCUUCCGCAAACAUCCCGUUGCUUUCGUUGCAGACAUCGAAAAGAUGUACCUGCAAGUGAAGGUUCAUCCCGACGACACUCCUCUACAGCGUAUCCUGUGGAGAUUCUCGCCAGAAGAGCCGGUUGCGACUUAUGAAAUGAGUAGGGUCACGUUCGGAUUAGCUCCAUCCUCGUUUCUCGCAACGCGGUGUUUGCAUCAAUUGGCAGAAGACGAAGGUAAUCAUCAUCCACGAACGAAGGUUGCGCUCAUCAACGAUUUCUACGUCGAUGAUUACAUCGGGGGUGCGGAUUCAGUGCAGAAGGCCAUAUUGUUACGGCAGGAUUUGGAGCAGCUGAUGCCUAAAGGAGGUUUUAAGCUGCGAAAAUGGGUGAAGGCGCUAGGAAUUCAUUGGAAACCAGGACUGGAUUUGUUGGGUAUUGAUGUUUCCAAUCUCACUGCAAACGGGCAGUGGACAAGGCGCAAGGUAUAUUCCAUCAUCGCUCAGCUGUGGGACCCUAGCGGUAUUACAGCUCCAGUCAUCUCUUGGGCCAAGAUACGCAUGCAGCUGUUGUGGGUAGCAGUGCAAGGUUGGGAUGAUCCUCUAUCCCACGAUUUAGCGCUUAGAUGGACCGAGUUCUACCAACAACUACCUGUUCUCUCAGACAUCCAGGUGGAACGACAUGCUUUCACCAAGCAUCCCAUGCUAGUCCAGUUUCAUGUCUUUUCGGAUGCUUCGGAGGCUGCUUAUGGAGCGUGCAUAUAUGCCCGUUCGAUAGACCUAGUUGGACACAUCAAAGUGGAGCUUUUAGCAGCCAAAUCCCGACCAGCCAGCCUGAAGAAGACGACUCUAGCGAGGCUAGAACUUUGCGGCGCUCAUGUGGCCGCAAAACUGUACCGUGCUACCGUUAAAGCUUUGAAGAUGGAGGAUACUGAAACAUGGUUUUGGUCGGAUUCUACCGUUGUCCUGUCAUGGCUCAAGCUACCGCCGUACGUUUUGGCCAACUUUCGUUGCAAAUCGCGUCUCGCACAUCCAGGAGCUAACGAAGGGACACCGAUGGAACCACGUUAA